AUGGUGUCCUUCCACCUCGCCUACACCGCCCCCAUUAACCCCUCCGACGCCUCGCCCACCCUCACAGUCCCCCAGGUAUGGGCCGGCAUGGAGCGCAAAGCGAAGAACGCCCACGAGUUCGUGCCCGCGAUUACGGAGUGCGUGGUAGAGAAAGAGGAGACGGACGAGAAGGGCAAUGCCGUCGUCACUAGGAUCGUGAAGUUCAAGGAGGGUAUGGGCCCGCCGGGGGACGUAAGGGAGGUCUGCGUGCAUUCCAAGCCGGCGAAGGUCGACUAUCACCAGGAGAACGGCAGCCUGAUCACGAAUAUAAUCUCAGCAGGGCCGUCCGGAAAGCCGGAGGAUGUGUAUAUGACUUUUGCGUUUGAUUGGCUGCAUCCUGAGCUUGAGGAUGAGGAUGGCGAGGAGGCGCGGAAGCUCAAGGAGAGGUACCAGCGCGUGGCUAAGAUGGCGGUGCAUACUACUAUUGAUACCAUACGGAGGCUGGUUCAGGAAGGACAGAUACAGUGA